AUGUCCGGAUCUUCAGGGUACGGAGCGGUGUCUCUUUCCCGGGAGUUCGUUUUUGACAUGAGGCAGCACCCGUCUUCCCCGCCCCGCCACGUGUCCGCGCGCUGGUCCGGGGCUUCGCAACCCGCGCACGCGCAGCCUCCGCCGAAGGAGCUUCUGCGCAGCGACGAUGAAGAUGAGGACGGGAUUGAGGACCCAGAGGACGCGGAACAGCCCCCCCCCGCCCGGCGCGCGCACACUGCGUCGGACGCCAUGCGCGGAAAGAAGGGCGCGCGCGCCAUCAGCGGCGCCAGCGGAAGCGGGAAGGACGCGGGGUUUGCGCACAAGGGAAACGGUCCGCUGAGCCCCAGUGGCGGGUUGGGGGCAGUGUCGCGUUUCCAUACCACCAGCAACGCGGAGAGACGGCACAGGGCGGAAGGCGGAAGCACGGGGGGAAGGAGAACGUCUCUGGAGGGCAGAAGCAUGAAUAAUUUAAGCGGCAGCAGCGGGUUCAGCAGCAGCACGGGGUCGUUAAGAGCGUCGGUCGACGCGCCGCAGAAGUCGUCCUCGAGGCGCCUGUCCGCGUCGGCGUCCUUCAAUCCGCGCUCCUCGCACGCCGCGACCACGUUCAACCACUCCGGACCGCACGCCGCCGCGCAUUCGGGUCCGCAGGCCGCGCUCUCCCCGCGCGCGGGCGGCCCAUCCGGCGGCGGAGGGUCGAAUCUCGGCGGGGGAAGCGGGCAGUUCCGGCGGGGGACGUCCGCGGAUAACCGCUCCCCGCGCCACGCGCGAUUCGCGUCGGAGGUCCCGCAAGGUGGGAUGCACGGUAGCGGAGUGCACAGUAGCGAGGACGCGGACGACGCGGCGGCAGCGGCGGCGGCGGCGGCAGGCGGAGGGACGGCUGGGCGCGCGGCGAACCGAGCUAAGCUGCGGUUCUCCAAGUCGCUUAAGAAGGUCGCGGGGGAGGCGGCGGGGGACGCGGAAGACACUCCAGUGGCGGACUCUCUCCUCCGCCGCCCGCCUGCUCUCGAACUCGGCAAGCUGUCCGCGGGGGCGGCAGCAAACGCGUCGUUUUCCGGGCCAGUGGUGGUGGGGUCGGGGGAUGGGGGGCGGGAGGGGGCGCAAGCAGCGGGGGAAGCAGCGGGGGGGGAAAGGGGAAGGGCAGCGGGCGGAGGUCCGGUUCUGGAUCAGAGCAAGUCGGGGCGGAGGGCGUUCCUGGGGUUGCUCAAGGGGCUGCGCUCGCCGCGGCUGUCAGGCACGUUCGACCUCGCCACUGGCGCGGGGCUUAAGAGCCCUACAGGCGGAGACGACUGGGCCGCGGGCGCCGCUGCAGUGGGGGUUUCGCCGAGAGGAGCGGGGGGAGGAGGAGGAGGGGGUGGGGGUGCGGGGGGCAGGAGCGGGAGCCCCGCGGAGGCAGCAACAGGCGAGCGGAAGAGCGCGCCCCGCCCGUCCCUCUCCCCCCUGCGCAGCCCGCGGCUGUUCUCCUUCAGCGGAUCCAAACGCUUCGAUAAGAGCCCGCGCGGUAUAGCACACAGCCUCACAGGCACAGGCUCAAUGCGCAGCCCCCGAGGGGGAGGGGACGGCGGGGGCAGCCCGGAGGAAUGGACAGUAGGCACUGGCGGGAAAGAGGGCAUCUUAAAACGGGGAUACGCGGACGUGCGGAAGGUGUACGAGGUGGGGGAUAAGAUCGGCGAGGGACGGCCGGGCGUGGUGGUGUAUGCAUGCACGGCAAGGAGGAGUGGGCGCGCGCUUGCGUGCAAGUCGAUAGACAAGAAGACGCUGGAUGAUGAUAAGAAGGCGGAGGCUCUGCGGCUGGAGGUGGAGCUGAUGAAGCAGCUGGGCGUGCAUGGCGGCAUCGUGUCGGUUCGAGAUGCCAUUGAGGAUGAUACGGUGAGUUGGUGGGGUGGUACUGGGGGUGAUUUUGCAGACGUCUCAAAAGUGCGGCUGGAGGUGGAGCUGAUGAAGCAGCUGAGCGUGCAUGGAGGGAUUAUGUCCGUCCGUGGCGCUAUUCAGGAUGACACGCACAUGCACCCCCUGAUGGAGCUGUGCGGCGGGGGCGAUCUGCUCAACUUCUCAAUAUUCAAUGCACCCCCACUCUCCCCCUUCUUCUCCCCCCUUCUCUCCCCUUCUCCCCCUCAUAUCCCCCUCUUCCAGGCCCCCCCAGCACGUGCACCUCCUAAUGGAGCUCACGUGCAUCUGCUGAUGGAGCUGUGCAGGGGGGGAGAUCUCCUAAACUUCGUGAACACGGCGCCGGCCAUCUUGGAGCAGCAAACCGCCACCAUAUUAAGGCGCCUAGUCCUUGUCCGCCCUCCCUCCCCCUUCUCCUCCCCUACAGCACCCAUCUCGGAGCAGCAGGCGGCCACCAUAGUAAGGCGCCUGGCGGACGCCGUGCGCUACUGCCACCGCCAGGGCGUGGUCCACCGCGACCUCAAGCCCGAGAACAUCCUCAUGGCCGCAAAAGGCGCCUGGUGGGACCUGAGGGUCGCUGACUUUGGCAUCUCCGCCAUGCUCAAGCCAGGCGAGCGCAUUCGAGGCUAUGCGGGCAGCCCAUUCUACAUCGCCCCGGAGGUGCUGGGCGGAGCGUACGCAUUCGAGUGCGACGUGUGGUCGCUGGGCGUGGUGCUGUACGUGCUGCUCGCACAGAAGCUGCCCUUCUGGCACGACUCGGACGCGGGUGUGUACAAGCUGAUCCUCAAGGGCCACGUGGACACGCGCACCGGGCCCUGGACGAGCAUCUCGAGAGAUGCUAAGGGGCUCGUGCACCGCAUGCUGACGUCCGAUGCGAGUCAGCGCAUUACCCUGGAUGAAGUGAUUGGUGAGUGGGUGUUGGUGGGGUGGGGUGUGGGGUUUGUUGGAGGUGUGAUGGGAGGGAGCACAGGGCGUGGCAAGUCGUGUGAGGGGCGGCAGCGCCACCUUCAUCCUUCUGCCUUCCGUGCUUCCCUUCUAAUUGACAUCCCUUCCCUCCACUCAUCCCCCUCCCUCAUCCCAUUCGUCUCGCUCACUUCUUCCCUCGUCUCGUCUCUCCCUCUGCCCUUCUCCCUCGGUCUCUCCCUCUGCCGUUCUCCCUCCUCUCCCUUGGCACUUCUCUCUCCGCCUCUCCGUCCCUGCAGAGCACCCAUGGGUGGUCGCGAAUCAAUGCGAGGUGCCAGAAGCACCGCCGCCACCAUCAGAGGCAGAGACAAAGCAGGCCAAGAGGCGAAGAGCCAUCGCCCGGUCACGAGCCAACAUCAUCGCCUCCUUCCGCCUUCCCUUCUGCCUCACCCCACUCACCAAUGA